AUGGAUUUUGAGGAUAAUCAAAUGAGAGUUAGCAGUGAAAAUUCGUUAGAUAGUGUAGUAUCCGAUCAUUCUACAGCUCUAUUAAUUGAGGAUAUUGUUGAUUUGACACAAGUAUAUGGCAUUACAGCAUAUAGCAAGUAUACAGCAUUACAGCAUAUGGCAAGUAUACGGCGUUUCAGCAUACGACAAAUAUACGGCAUUACGACAUACGGCAAAUAUAUGGCAUUACAGCAUACGGCAAGGCAUACAGCAAGUAUAUGCCAUACAUCACAUGUCAACAUAUACAACAUCAUAUCAAAUGUCAUAUAUAUGUCAUUGCGUCAUAUGUUACCUGCUAUGGCAUUC